AUGACGCAGCGGUCCCGGCGUUUGCCUGAGAGCCCGGCAACUCUCGGCCGUGGUCCACGCAUCCCCAAGGGGCCCCUCGCAUCACCUGCGCGUGCCGCGCCCCACGCCCCGCGCCCCGGUCCGGCUGCCGCGAUGAGCGAGCUUAACACUAAAACAUCCCCAGCAACGAACCAGGCAUCUGGCCCAGAGGAAAAAGGGAAGGCUGGCAGUGCCAAGAAGGCUGAGGAAGAGGAGGAGAUUGACAUUGACCUGACAGCACCAGAGACAGAGAAGGCUGCCCUUGCUAUUCAGGGCAAGUUCCGGAGAUUCCAGAAAAGGAAAAAGGAUCCCAGCUCCUGAAUGGCUAUCCUUGCCCUUCACCUUGAUUCUUUCUCUUCCUUUCUCCAUAGUCCUGACUCCCAUGUGUCUUGUCCCUUUGUCCUUUUAGCCUCUCAUUGAGGCAAGUUCAACCUUUAUAUAUUCUUUUCUGUAGUCCUCUCAAGUCAUGACAGCUAUAGUGGCAAAAGGAACAUAGAGAAGAUGAAGGCUUUA